CUCCACCGGUCCACCCUUUCUUUUCGGAAUAAUCAAGAUCCGAAUUUAAUUCUCUUUAUAUAUUUCCUAAUAACUAUGAAAAUAAGGAAAAAAUAAGCGUUGAAUUCAUAAGUUUGAACAAAGACGCGUGACCUGGAAAUCGUGCUCCAGAAAAAAUAUCACAAAUAAUGAAAACGCAAGGUCAUGAGUUUUGACCUUGACCGGGCAAGAGCCUAGAGCCAAGAGGUGAUGUGUAGUACUUAAAUGAGAUAGAAGCUCCCAUCUUCCUCUUCAUCACAAACAAAUCAAGAGAAGUUGAUCAUCAUAUCAAAUCAAAGAUAGACUUUGACUUUUCUUUGUGAUCGAAGAUGGCUGAUGCUUUCACAGAUGAACAGAUCCAAGAGUUUUACGAAGCCUUCUGUCUCAUUGACAAAGAUUCCGAUGGGUUCAUCACGAAGGAGAAGCUAACGAAGGUGAUGAAGUCUAUGGGGAAGAAUCCAAAGGCGGAACAACUGCAACAGAUGAUGAGUGAUGUCGACAUCUUCGGCAACGGUGGCAUCACUUUUGAUGAUUUCUUGUAUAUUAUGGCUCAAAACACUUCUCAGGAAUCGGCAUCGGAUGAGUUAAUAGAGGUAUUUAGAGUGUUCGACAGAGACGGAGAUGGUCUCAUAUCUCCACUUGAGUUGGGAGAAGGAAUGAAGGACAUGGGGAUGAAGAUAACUGCCGAAGAAGCAGAGCAUAUGGUUCGAGAAGCCGACCUCGAUGGCGAUGGUUUUCUUUCAUUCCACGAAUUCUCUAAAAUGAUGAUCGCUGCCUCUUAUUAGCAUUGUGAAAUGCCAUGAUAUAAGAGUUUGUUUUUGCAGUUACAACUAUUUUUCCAUAUGUUAAAGAAAGAUCAUAUCCUAUGUUACUGUAUUUUCCCAACAUAAUGUAUAACAAAAGUGUCAGGUUCUAUUCCUAUAUCAAUGAUUUAUUUGAGUC